UGUGAAGAGCUGAACUGGAGCGCCCCGCACAGUGCUUUGGCACAAACAUGUGGUAGGCACUCAGUAGAUGUCUGCUGAAUGAAUGUGGAAAGCAAAUGAGUCAUCGAGGGAGAGAUCAUUCUGUUCUAGCUGAUGAGGAACCUGGAACCCAUUCCUUCCCAUACUGGUCUUCCCCAGUCACCAGAGUUGUUCCAGCAGGGUGUGGUUUCCGGCGACCCCACCCCACACGAACCACGCCCCUUCCUUCCGCUCGGGCUCUCAGAGGGCCGAGGAAUUUUGGCCCUCGGGCGGAGCCGUAGCCGCAGUCUCCUCGGGCGUCCGCAUCCAGGAAGCCGGGAGGUCUGGUGUCCAGGAUCUCGCGCGGAGGUCCACGAUGUCGGAGGGGGAAACUAGGCAGAGCGAAGGCUCCACGCAGGCCGGUGCGGUGACUGUCAGCGACGUCCAGGAGCUCAUACGGCGCAAGGAGGAGAUCGAGGCGCAGAUCAAAGCCAAUUAUGACGUGCUGGAGAGCCAAAAAGGUGUGGGGAUGAACGAGCCGCUGGUGGACUGCGAGGGCUACCCCCGCUCAGAUGUGGACCUGUACCAAGUUCGAACUGCAAGGCACAACAUUGUCUGCUUGCAGAAUGAUCACAAGGCGGUCAUGAAGCAGGUGGAAGAGGCCCUGCACCAGCUGCACGCUCGUGACAAGGAGAAGCAGGCCCGCGACACGGCUGAGGCCCACAAAGAAGCCAUGAGCCGCAACCUGGGCCAAAGCGAGGGGCUCAGCCCCCCUCAGGCCUUUGCUAAAGUGAACAACAUCAGCCCCGGCUCCCCCGCCAGUAUCGCGGGUCUGCAAGUGGAUGACGAGAUUGUGGAGUUUGGCUCUGUGAACACCCAAAACUUCCAGUCUCUGCAUAACAUUGGCAGUGUGGUGCAGCACAGUGAGGGGAAACCCCUGAAUGUGACAGUGAUCCGCAGAGGGGAGAAACACCAGCUUAGACUUGUCCCGACCCGCUGGGCAGGAAAAGGACUCCUAGGCUGCAACAUUAUUCCUUUGCAAAGAUGAUUGUCCCUGGGGAAUGGCAAUAGGAAAACAUCUUCCCUUGCCCUGGACGUGGGUCUGGUGGGAAUUUCUUCCUUCUCUUCUCUCCCUGAAGCGUAAGGAUCUGGAAGAGGCUGGAAGCCUGAACUUCUGGCUGAUGGAAACACUGUGCCCUCCCAGUGUAAUCUUUUAAGGCAUUGUUAACUUGAUUUGUGUUUGGCAUCUUUUGCAAAUUAGGCCAUGGUCCUAAAUGGGAGUCCUCUGGAUUGUGGGCAAGUGGGCUGGAGUUAUUCUGGCAGGUGCUGAUGGGACUUUAUUCUUUUAGGAUUUUUUUCCCCCAAAUAAACACAGGUUUCAGUGCUGAUAUGACCAUUUCAUCACCACAACUGAAUUUCUUUUUUCUUUUUAAUUUUUUAUUUAAAGUUAAUUUUUUAUUUAAAUUUAGUUAACAUAUAGUGCCAACUGAAUUUCUUAUGAAACUCUCAAACCAAAGCUCAGACAGGAAUUAGAACAUUCUCAUAGAAAGUUGGACAGGGGUGCCUAGCUUAGUCAGUGGAGCAUACAACUCUUGAUUUCGGAGUUGUAGUUUCAAGCCCCAUGUUGGGUAUACAGGUUACUUAAAAAAAAUAAAAUCUAAAAAAAAAAAAAAAAAAAAAAAGGGCUCAGUCAGUAGAGCAUGCGACUCUUGCUCUUGGGGUUCUGAGUUCAAGCCCCACAUAGGGUGUAGAGCUUAUUAAAAAAAAAAAAAAAGUUGGACUGAACAAACCAACAGUGGUGCUGAAGUCAAGAUUUGACCAACAGCAAUUCAAGAAUAUCAACCUUUAGUGAAUGGGGUUUGCACCAUCUGCAUUUGCAUUGUGGCAUUGCCGCUCUGGAUACAGAAAUUACAUCCCCCCCACCCCCACUGGGCCACAGCUGCUCCCUUGAAGAAUAGGGAAAACCAGGAGGCUCCCCAGGUAGCCCCCUGCGGUGUCAGCUUCCUCUUCUGUAACCCACCAGAGGGCAGCAAGCUCCUUUCAUUUCUGGAAUAAAAAACCUUGCAAAUUACCCUCUAAUUUGACUUUUUAUAAUUGAACCUCCUGGUCAUCCCCUCAGAUCAACAGUAGUUUGUAAACUGCCAAGGUGUGCUUGCUUACUGAUGGGAACCAGCAGUGUGUGCAGAUCUGACUUCUUAAAAAUGCUGAUUCCUUCUUCCUUCCUUUUCUUUUCUUUUUCACGUGACAAAGUGGGUUUCAGUGAUUCUUAGUGACCCUGUAUUUUACUUUCUCUCCUCACCUUAUCACAGUGUUUAUUUCCCCAUGUCUUGCACACCACUUUCUGUCUCAGAGGUGGUGUGACCCAUUCUCCUGAGGCAUGCCUGGAUUCCUUGAGAAUGGAUUUGCUUGGGUUGGAUACAGAAGCCAGCUUGCCAUGACAGGAGUCAGCACUGCGGCGUGCUUCCAGCCAUGGAUUCUCUUCUCAUGCUCAGCUGGAAAACCUUCCUGUUGAGUGUGUUCCCCAAAAUUUACAUCCACAUGCAUUCUCCCCUUGUAGCCACAGACAUGUCUUGCUUACCAGCGUUUGCUAUUUAAACUGUGUGUGUGAGUGUUCUGAUUCCAAGCAUUUUCCAAUCUCUUUAUAAGCCCUAGAUAUAAUAAACACAGCUUGUACCAUC